AUCCCUGACUUCUUCUCACGGAGCGGUCAUGAGGGUGAGGGUUACCACGGUCCCACAGCCGUGGUUGGAGCAGACAGUUGGAUCCACGAUUACUGUCAUGACUCUGCGAACAGUGGGCAACAGCCGCCAAUGAGCUAUUGCUCCAAUACCCCUACCAGGCCGUACACUCAGGUGCAAAAACGGAGUUACGAAAGAGCUUGCCGAAGAGCGAUCCUACAUGGCCAUGCACAGUAUCAUGGAUGUCCUGUGACGCCACAAGAUUUCCCAGCAGCGUUGGUCCAGAAGCUACAACAACAGCUGCAACCACAAGGACAUCAGCCUCAGAAACGUUCGAUCCCACUGAAGAAGGUCGACAGAUUGACAUGCCUCCACUGGAAUCCAGGAGGUCUAUCCCAAGCCAUGCUGCUCGAGAUCAAACACUGGUUACGACAAAACAGAGCAGACGUGGUGGUCAUCUCAGAGACCAAGUGGAGUUUUUCUUCCACCUGGUCAGACAGAGAAUGGUUGUAUGUGCAUUCUGCAACAGCUGACUAUAAAAGUGGCGGCAUCCUUACAAUGAUUUCGCGUCGGAUAGCUGAACCAGAGCAACUUGGCUAUGCUUCAAUCAUCGAUGGCCGGCUGUUACACAUUCGUGUUCAUUAUGUUCACAGGCACAUCGAAGACAAGUGGUUUCACAAAAAGCAGUUGCGACAUCACGAGGCAUCAUACCCAAAAGGGCUUACAAUCCUCUUCCGAGCCUGGUAUCGCCGAAGUAGAUACCAGACAUUGCAACGUGAGCAACAACGUGCGGCCAGGCAAGCCAAAAAGCAUCAGUUUCAACAGCUCUGCCACGAAGUAGCAGAGGCAGCCAGACAUCAUGAGACUCAUACUAUGUUCUUGAUCAUCAACAAAUACUCCCCCAAAAAACCCCUUGCCAGGGCUCGUUUGCGGGGACCAGAUGGGAGUAUUGCUGAUCAGUUUAUGGCACAUUCCAUGACCGUGUCCUUUGUCAAGCAAAUGUGGCAGGGACCGCAUCGCCUGCCCAUUUACUCUGAAGCUGCCCCGGGCGUACCGUUUGCACUGGACGAAUUGGUUGCAGCAGUUGGCAAACUCCACCCAAACAAGUCGGUGGCACAGCCUUUCCUUCCAGGGGUGGUAUGGAAAAGCGCUCCCAUGGAUGUUGCAUUGAACAAAGGUCCUUAUCUGGGUGUGGUCAUCAGCUACGACAACUUUGAAUUGCAGACAUGGACACACCGCAAGAAAGCCAGUUGGCGUGCCAGCUUAUUGCAUUCGGAUGACUUUCUGCACAACCAGAGUUGGACGCACUUGCAUGACAUCAUCCAACUCAUCGAUUGUGUGCAGGCUACGUCGAUAGAACCUCCGAUCAGUGCAGACCCAGCGGAACCGCUCACACUGCAGGUUCAACGCACCAUGGACCCAGACGUGCGACUGGAGCCGCCCAAUGCCCAGGAGUUGGUCAAUAGGACAUUUCAUGCUGCCGCACAGGUUUUCUGGCCGGAUUUGCAAAGCAAUCUGAUGACAGAUGACUGGACAGGCUUAGCACAGCAGGAACAGGCCCUGACCUAUCUCACCCACCAUUGUGCCAUUUGCGGCACCUGGUGCAACAGGUUCCAGGAACUUCAUGGCCAUCUCAGGUUAUACCAUCAAGACCAGCUGCGAGGAGGAGUUGCCAAAGGAGCUCAAUUGUCCCAGAUCCUGCAACAGACCUCACCAUGUCCCCUGUGCAAGCGCAACUUCAGCCGAGUUCAUAGCUGCCCAGUUACCCUGCAAGUGGGGAUUUUACGAUUGCAGUUGCUGGAACCGGACAUCAGAUUUGAGAGCCGCUCUGGCCUGAGACGCCACAUAACGGAGGGCAGAUGCGAGGCCUUCGAUCCGACAGCAUCGCAGAAUCCCGUGGACAAUUCCCAGACCUGGCAUGUGGCGAUGAUCAUGACCGCCAGUGACAUACCGCUCCUUGUGCCACAGCAGUUUCAUGCAGCCCAGUUGGACACCACCUUCCAAGGUCUACAGCAUGCCGCACUUGCUCAGAAGCUGUCACAGAUUUUGGUUUCCAGAGAUUUUGCAAAGCUUUGGACUGAUGACGAAGUCUUGCAUGGCCUGCGCACGCGUUGCAGGACUACCGAUGUGACUGUUGCAGCCAAGUAUUCAAUGUGCCUGCGGACAUGUCUCAAACAGCGCAAUCAAGACAUGACAUUCAACGAAGUCAUUUUGUCUCAAAUUGCCCUGUGGUCCUGCAAAUUGCCACGUUGCUACAUCCCAUCAAUGGACGCACUGAUGGACCCCAGCGACCAGGCGCUGAUGGAAGGCUUGACGGCAUUGGGCCCCCUGUUAUUGGGCAAUCGACGUCUUCACGAAGUCUCCGCCGACGAGCAGCACAACAAGAGGCACAAGUCCAAGGGCAAAAACGACUCAAGCUCAGACGGCCUCCAGCCAGAAGCAGUGCACGCAAUGCUCAAGCUGAUGGGUCAACUCAUCCUCAGCCACGAACGGAGCACCCAACUCAGUCAACGACAGGACUGCUUCGUUAUGUUCUGCCAAAACCGGCCAGAGGGCAUUGUGCCACACCUCACCUGUCUGGCCAAGACAUGGAGGGAGGAAUGGCCGAAACAGCAGGACAAUCAGCGCUGGCUCAACCUCCGCACCUACUUGGUUCAGGGUGUCAUCAAGGAGCUCCUGCGGCGGGUGCAGCAGUUGGCCAACAGCAAGGCCGGGGAUCAGCUCUGGGAAGUGGCGACCACCAAGGGCACGAUCCUCCCAGAUGGCUCAUGGGGGUACCAGAAAUGGUCGACAGAGACCAAACAACUGAUCAAGGCACCGAAGCCACCCAUGACGAUGCAGGUCAUGCUUCGGACGCUCCAGACACUGGAGGAUUUGUUGGACAGCAAUGCCCACGUGAUCCAGUUCAAGAGUCUGAGGACGGAUCAGCCGACCAUACCUUGGCUCCUCCAGUUGACGCACAGAGAGACCGAAGUGUGGGACCUGCUGUGCGAGCUGUGUCACAACUCAGUGUGGAGAGGGCAAGAACAAGGGCCAAGGGAAGGGAACCAAGACCUCCCAAUGACGCUGGAUGCCACCCACCGACGUCGCCUGAGAGACCGAGUCUUACAGUUAGUUUUUGCGAACCAGGGUUAUGCCUGCUAUGCAAACAGCUCCUUUCUCAGCCUGAUUUGGGCCAGCUUAUGCAGGCAAAACUUUCAAUUCCAAGACUGGGGGGUUCGAUCAACCAUCCUUCAACAGAUCCUCCAACGGGGCAAUGGAUCGGUGUUUUCACUUGCCAAUGAAACAUGGUUCACAGAGCUGAUUGAAGGAUGGAUUGAGGACGGGGAACAAGCCGACUGCGCAGAAUUCUCUCACCUGCUCUCCAGCUGGACGGCCAUGCCGGCCAUCUCCAAUUGCUGGGAGCGCUGUGUGCAGAUGGAACAAAAUUUUGUGCGACAUGAUUCAGGCGAUCAAUACAUGCCGCUGACAUUGCAAUUGGACCCACAGAUGAUCCAUCACGAUGAGAUUGCACUGUCUGUCCUGCUCAGGUCUUGGAGCUCUGAACUUGGAAUGCUGGCGGGCAUCACAGAUGCCCAAGAUCUCCUUCUGCUACACAUUGACCGCCUGGUCCGAUCCCCUCAGGGAGAACCCAUCAAAUGUCACGCUGCCAUUUGCUUCGACUGGGAAGUGCAGAUGCCCGCACUGAACAACAAUCAGAGUGAGUUGAUCUCUUAUACAGUUGUGGCGUGCAUUUCACACCAAGGUGAGGCUGACCAUGGACAUUACCACUGCAUGCUGCGUACGCAUCCUGAGGUGUCCAAUUUGGCAGACCCGGCCAUGUGGAUGUCAUGUGACGAUGACCGUGCCCCCAUCCGCUGCCUCCAUCCGUCGCAGGAGUUCUCCAAGGGACUCACUUGCCUAUGGCUUUGCCGCACUGAUCGAAUGGAGCUGCAUCAUUUGCCUGCACAGCCGUCCACGCCUGACCCAGAGCUGGACCUUUUGGCACUGCUAGCCACACAGCGCACCUCCAAAGCAGAUGCCAUUUUGGCGGUUCCCUGGCCAUUUUGGCCCGAGACAUCAUUGCGUGCCGGAACGGUAUUUGCGAUUUUCACUGCAAUACUGCUCUACUCUGGUAGGCGCUCCCUGGAUAUACGACUGCUUUUGCCCAAUCUGCUCACUCGAUCAGUGCAAUCUCUGAGAACGGCCCUGGGUCCCUGUGCUGGACUUCGGAUCUUGCUUCUCCAGCCUGGGGGGCGACUGUGGUGGACAAACAAUUUCUUCUUGCUUUCGCAGACUCUGGCCUAUUCUGCAGGGUGGCUCCUGAUCAUUCAGAUUUUGUGCAACUCCGUUCAGAUCUUUCUGGCCUAUUCUGCAGGGUGGCUCCUGAAUGCAAUAAUUCAGAUCGUCCAACCAAUACAACAGUUUCUAUUUCCGGGGAAUCUUUUUGGAAAGUGGCAACGCUUUUCUUCUCAGCGACUGUGGCUCUUUGACCAGGUUGCAAGUGACACACUACCCGGUCCCAAGUCCGGGCGCUCCAGAGCUUCGAAGCUGGCAUACCUUUUGAUCAUGACUGCUGCGCUUCAAACGACCUCUUUGCACACAAGCUGGAGCGGGGGUGAGGGUUGUGACCUCCCCACGAAGGUCACUGGAGCGCUGCCCCUAUGGGAGGAUGCUCUGCUGUGCCAAGCUGGCGCAAAGCAUAGUGGGACACAGCCACCAAUCAGCUUCGGCUCAUGGCCCUCUAUGGAUGUGGUGAAAAAACGCAGCCUCAAACGUGCUCACAAACGAGCCCUACGAGAUGGAUCAAGCUGGUACAAGGGACAAUGCCUAACAGUUGCUGAUUUCCCUCGUCAGUGGGCAGCCAACAUGACUGCAGGCCCACAGAUUCAGGCCUCUCCAUCACCUGCCUCUACCUCCUGGCGCAACAUGGCUGACUGUAAUCGACGGCACCAAAAUCGACGCUAUCUGCGCUAUGUGAACUGGAACGGUGGUGGAAUGAGCAGCCACAGGCUGGAUGAGCUGAAAAUUUGGUGUGAAGGUCAAGGCAUUGACAUGCUGAUUUUGACUGAAACGCGAUGGAAGUAUUGCAAUGAGUGGAGCGACAGUUCCUGGAUUCACUUGCACUCCGGAUGUGCUGCACAACCAGGCGACUUCAAUUGCCGGCUUCCAGCUGCUCAUGGCCAUGUUGGCCAUUCAACCUUCACCCAGGGUAAUCGAGCCUGUCUGGGAUUUGCUCAUCCGGAUGAAGGCCACUUUCUGCAGACACCAGAACUGCUGGCAUCAGCCUGCAGCAGCGGAACGCAGGGCGUCUUGCCCAGGAUUUUUGAUCAGUGUUUUCCAACAGAAAAACGCUCUGCGGCACCAACCCCGCUUGAUGCCACUCGGUCACUCAUUCUGGAUAAGUGGAGACACCGUGAUUGCUUUCGAGCACUGGCUCUCCCAACAGUGCGCAAUGUGUUGCAGGCCUGGUUUCAUUUGACACGUUUCACGAUUUUGCGCCAGAGCCACAAGAAGCAUGCCAUCAAGGCCAGACAGCAUAGGUUUGAGGCUGUCAUGCAACAGGCUCAGAUUGCCUCACAGAACCAUGACUCAUUUCUUCUCUUUCAGGUGAUUAACAGAUUUGCACCCAAGCUGACCAAGCGUCGACUGCAAAUUCGAAAUGUUUCUGGGAAUCUUGCGACACCCAUGGAAGAACAGGCCAUUUUGCAUGCUUUUGUGGAACGCACAUGGCAGGGUCCUGCCACUGUGCCUAAACCGACUCAUGUUUUGCCAGGCCUUCCCUUCUCUGAGGGAGAAUUGUUGCGAGCAUUGCAGAAAAUUCCGAUUUCAAAAGCAGUAGCGCGGCCAUUCACUCCAGGGUUGAUUUGGCAUUCUCUUGCACCAUGGUUGACACCGCUGCUUUAUGAUGCAUUGUUGCAAAUUUGGAGUAAGCCCUGCCCAACUGUGCCUGAGUGUUGGCGUGAUGCCUGGCUCCUGCUAAUUCCGAAAGAGUUGAAGCAGCCGAGUGCACCUGAUGCCUUGCGGCCCUUGGCUCUCCAAGAGCCGUUAGGAGUGAGGCAAGGCUGCAAGGCAGCACCAUGGUUGUUCAAUGCGUUUGUUUUGUUAUAUUUGCGAGACCUCUCGCAUUUGAUCGACUGGACCUGGUUGCGUGCUCAUUUGAAUGUUUUUGCGGAUGAUUUUCAUGUCUCUGGUUUGUUUUAUAACUUGGCUGACCUGAAUCGUUUGCUCUUUUAUUUUGGACUCAUCAUGGAAGUGCUCCAAGAGAAAGGCCUUACGAUCAAUACUGUCAAAUCUGCCAUUUUGCUGACCAUGGGUGGCACCAGUUUUCGUCCAAUGCGAUCCUCUCUGACCUUCCAUGACCAUGCUGGGGAAUGGAUCAAAAUCACUGGCCGGCAUACUGAGUUUGUCCUGCCUGUUGUCAAGCAAGCCAAAUACUUGGGCACCCUUGUCAGCUACAUGCAAUUUGAAUUUGCCACCAUGAAACACAGACUUGGACUUGCCAGAACUGCCUAUGCACGCUUGAAGAAGUGGCUCACUGCGCGGAGGGGCCUUGGAGCCAAAGAACGUUUGAGACUUUGGUCGACAUGUAUUUUGCCCAUUCUUUCAUAUGGCAUUUUUACAAUAGGACUGACCAAACCCGGUCUUGAUCAGAUGCAAAUGGCAAUGAUGCAGAUGCUUAGACAGAUCAUGCAUGACCAUGCCUCCGUUACAGGCCAUUCUCAUCAGCAAUUUUUGCGUUUGCACAGCCUUGACCCUCCAUUGCAAUGGCUUUGGCGUGCUGCUGACUCACUGCUCCAGUCAGUGACUCAGCGACCAUUGCACCCACUGCCAGAUGACAUUUGUGAUACGCUUGACUGGACACCACUUCGACAGACGGUGGAUUUCUUGCAUGCCGCAAUUGCCUCAGGCCUCCCUGUGCCUGGCAAUACCAUGACGCAGAAUGAGGCGGAUGAUGUGGAGCAUCGCCAAGCCAGACCGCUUGUGCCUUUCCCUGCUGAUGACCCAGGGGCACCGUUGCAGUCUCUUCCUGGAGCCAACCUGAAGCUCACCAAAGAAGAGAUCGAGUCCAUCAAUAAUCGAGAAUUUGGACCGCGCUUGAUGACUUUGAUCCACCAGCGCAAAUGGCCUGAACUGCUUCGAGAAAGAGCUGGAUGCACCUUCUUGUCCCGUAACUGCCUCCUGUGUGGCCAAUACGUGGGUAGGGCGCAGGCGAUGCAUCAUCAUGUUAGAGUUGCACAUCGAGCCUUCAGUUCUCUGGUUCAGACCAAGGCAGUGCAGUUGACGAACCUUCAUAUUGACGAGAGUCCUUGCUCAGCAUGCGGUGUGACUUUCCUCUCCUCUCACUCCUGCAACGUCUGGUUCCAGGUGGCAUUGUUGAUUGUUCAUGGUCCCAAGCCUGCCACUAGCAUGCCAAACCCCGGUGCUGAAUCCUUGCGGUGCGAAAUCUGUGGCCAGGGAUGCACUACCUCGCAGGAAUUGCACCUUCACCUGCAAAGGGAACACCGACUGGUUAGCUCGGUCUGGCACGAAAGCAGGGACAGCCUGGAUGGACAACCGGUGUGCAAUCAUUGCAAUAUGCUCUUCCUGACGAUGCAGGGACUGCGAUCGCAUAUCAACCAGGGGAGGUGUCUUGAGUUCAACCCGGACCUCUCCACUGCGCCUUCUGACGUUUUGCACAUUUGGCGUGAGGCUUGUUGCUCUGGCAAGUUGGAGGAGGUCUUGAAAGAUCCACACCAUCGACUCAGACUGACCCUCCAAUGCCAAUGCUGCCCCAAGCGGUAUGCUCGCUCCAAUGACUUAGCAGCGCACCUCCAGGGUGCCCACCCGCAGAUUUGGGCGGCAGCACAACCUCUCACUCACCAACUGCUGCAACGCUACUAUGGGGACCUGGGAUGUGUAUGCAACCCUUCCUGCAAUGUGGCUCGUCUGCAACACGUUUGUAUGCCCUUCCAGCAGAUUGCGAUGCAAUUCACACGCCUCCAUGAGGGUAUUUUCAUGCCGACUGCCAUGACCCCUACGGAGCUUGCCCGUGUCAUCCCAAACCAUGUGCCCAUGGAUUUGCGAUGUAGCCUGGAGCAGGCGAUCUUGCGCUAUGAUCUGAGCACGGUGUGGCCUGAUGCACUGCUCCUGGAUGCGUUGAGUGGCACAUGUUUCCUCUGUGGCCAUGAACUCCUGCCGGCUGAUCUCUACUAUCAUCUACAUGAGGCACAUCAUGGUUUGCAUGCGGUUGUGAAGUCAUAUGUUUUGCAACUCCUUCCACAUGCCCUGAAACACAGUGACAGUGACUGCGCUUGCUUUGCAUGUGGACAGAUUUUCAACAGCCCUGCCACUGCGUUGGAUGAAACCCAGCGAGCUGCCAGAGCACAGUUGGUUCAAGCUCAUCUGCGGGAGGAGGCCAUGCAGCAAAUGCUUCAGACCUUCCAGCACCUAGCUCCGCUUUUGCACGUGGACAAAGGCUUGACGCUGGAACCCAACCCCGCUGCUCCCAAGAAGCAGCGAAAACACCAGGACGCCGAGCCAAAAAACCACGUCUUGGCAAAGGGGCAGCCUCAGGGCACCACCGUGGACCACAACCAGAUUUUGCUGAUGAUGGGCAGACUUCUACUCAGGGUCGAUCGGGACCUCCAGGUGCUACAGCGAGAGACAACCUUCAUCUUCUAUUUCAGCUGCAAAGAUCCCAAGGGGAUUCUACCUCUCCUGCUGAAGAAGGCGGAUCAAUGGCAUACCCAAGCCAAGGAGGGAUCAUCAUCCUCGACGGGCCCACUCCGUCAGGUCCUUUUGCAGACGGUGAUGUCAGAGUUGACGACUCGGGUCAACAGACUGCUGGAAGCACCGGAAGACUCUCCAUUGCUUCAGGCUGCCAAACAAACACAGCUGCUCCUGGAGAACAAGACGAUCCCCUACAUGGCCUGGAACCAGCAGGAUCAGAAGCUUCAGGUCUCGACCAAGACCCCGGUGAGUCUUGCCAAGAUGAGCGAGCACUGCACCGAGCUUCAGGGAGGACAGCCCAGUGACACCUUGGAGAUUGCAAAUGUCAGCCAGGGAGGAUCGGACCUACGAAUUGCUCCUGCACCUGGCACAGUCCCAGGUAUGGACUCUCCUUGCGGCCAGUCUCAAGCAGCACAACUUGCACCAGAGCACUUUGGCCGGCGCUCUGGAGCGCAGCCUGGGACUCCAGCCGCAGAAGGGGAAGGGCAAAGGCAAGCACAAGGGCAAGUCACCGAAGAUACAGUCCCCAAAGAAGGAGACAUGAAUGCGACUCAGCCUCAACUGACUGAGAUUGUCUCGAAGCUGGUGUUUGCCAAUCCAGCCAACUGGUGUUUUAGCAAUGCUGCAGCAUACUCCGUGUUUUGGACUUUGCUGACGCUGCGUGACUUCUCACUGAUGCUUUGGGGUAGCCAGCGACAUGACAUCACGAAUUUUCUCCUUGGGGCACCCAAUCAGGUUUGCAACCUUGCUGCUCAAUCGUUUUUUCGUGAUAUCAUGCGCAGUUGGGGACGAGAUGACUUAGAGCAUCUGAACUUUUCGAUUUCGCAACAAGAUGCCUCUGAGUUUGUCAGUGUCUGGCUGGACAUUCUGAAAACGCCAGCUUUUCAGAUGCGAUGGGAGAAACGAUUGUGUGUUGCAGCUGACAUGCGUGUGCUGGAUUGUAGCCAUGCACGCUACAUGCCCAUUUGCCUGAAGUUUGAUGACACGUUGGCACAGUCUUCAUUUUGCACUUUGAACACACUUAUUUCUCUGUGGCACCAGGUCGAUGGCAUGGCUACGGCGCUGCUGACUGCCUCAGAUUGCAUUUGUGUGCAUCUUGACCGAUGCAUCUUGGGGGAGGACCUGACCGUUUGCAAAUGUACCAGCAAGCUGCAGAUUGACGACGAGUGUUAUUUUCCAGUUUUCAAUGGCAACUCAGCUCAAUGUGUUUUCCAUGGAUACAUGGUGGUUGCGCUCAUGGCCCACCUGGGCGCAGACUGUGCGGGACACUAUCGGAGUGCCUUGAAAGUGAGUCCUCUGAUUGUGAACCAAGUGCACCCAAUCAACUGGCUGAUUACAGAUGACUGGCGUGCCCCCACAGCUACCUGGUCCUUGCCUGAUUGGAUGCUGGAAAACACCACCUUGGUUUGGCUUGUUAGAUCUGACCUGGUACGCCUGCCGUACUAUCGACUUCUGCAAGAUCCAGCUGCCUCCUCAAUGACCGAGCUGCUGCGAAUGAUUACUGACUGGACCUAUCUGCACUCUGCCACAGACGUGAAACGCAGUGGCGGCCUGUUGGUGAUGCUCUCUCGCCCACCCGCCGUGGGUUGGAACUACGAAAUUUUUCUGGAAGACACAGAGUGCCCAUCCCAACUGCCGACAUAUUCUGAUCGUGCACCGGGGGUACCUUUUUCCUUUGAUGUGCUGCUCAGGGCACUCACACGGCUGCAUGCCAACAAGUCGGACGCAUCCGUCGGCACGGCACUGACCACUGCUUGCUGGCGCACAGCCUGGAUUGCAUUCAAUCGACUCCGAAGUUGGCUCAGCCAUAGGCAAAUCAGCGUUCGACACCGCCUGCGUGCUCUUGAUCUUUUGCCCACCGACUUCUUGCAUAGAGUGGAUUGGACAUCCAUCACUGGAACCUUGCAACUCAUUGCUUGCAUCCGUGCAUCCGUGACGGAGGUGCCCAUUGAUCUGGACGCCGCUGCACCUGUGCUGACCCAGGACAUGGACCCAACUGUGUCAAUGCCGACUGCUGACACUGUGCACCCGACUGCACCGGUGGUGACACCUACGGCAGCAUUUGCCGCUGCCUCCCUGAGUUUUCAUGUCAUGACCCAAGUGUUCUGGCCAGAAUUACAGACACUGUUGCUUCAUGCUGACUGGAUCAAUUUUCCACGCAAUGCUGCCAUGUUGGAAUACUUGUCUCACCAUUGUGUCAUUUGUGGCUUGUGGUGCAACCGAUUCCAAGAAUUGCAUGGACAUUUUCGACAGUGCCAUCCGGACCAUGUGCAAGGGUGUGUGGCUAAGGGAGCCCAAAUCUCAGUACUCAUGCAAUGCACCUCACCGUGUACACUGUGCCAAAGGCCUUAUAGCCGUGUUCACAGCUGUCCGGUCACGCUGCAACUUGGCCUGCUGCAGAUUCAGACCCGUCCUGAUGGUGAUCGUGUGGCAGAGGCCUGUGCCUGCGACAUUUGUGCCUUGCCCUUCCAGGACCUUGGACAAUUGUAUGGCCAUUUGACGAACACUCAUGGCCUUACUGUCAAUGAUUGGUGCCCUUCGAGGGACUCCCAUCAGGGGGGUGACGGAUGCCGUCACUGCGGCACAAUUUUUGAUAGCCGCUCAGGCUUGAGGCGUCACAUCACUGAAGGUCGAUGUGGGUCAUUCAACCCGGCUGCGACGCCGCAUCCGAUUGACACCACUGAUGCUUGGGGUGCUUGGCUGCAGACUGGCAAUUUUGACCCUCCGGCCCUCACGGCCCAGAUGCGCCUGCAGUUGACUACAAUUUGUCAAUUCUGUGGCCUGACCUACUCCCGCACAGGAGAUUUAGUUGCACAUCUACUGCAAUCCCAUGGAGAUUUGUGGAAUGGUUCCCAACCCUGGCUACGGUUUUUGCUGCAGGCAGUCAUGGCCCGGAAGGGAUGCCUUUGCAACCCCCAGAGCAAUGAACUGGGACUCACGCAUGUGUGUGCUUUGCUUCGACAGACGGCCAUGAUGAUCCAUGGUCAAGACCUGCGACUGUUUGUGCCGACCCAGUUUCAUCCCACAGCUCUUGAUGAGAUUUUGACCUGUCUGCAACAUGAGACCUUACACACCAAGGUGAAACAUGCCCUGCUCAGUCGAGACUUUGCACAGCUUUGGCAGGACCCUGAUAUCCUUGCAGGUCUCAGAUUGCGGCCCUUCUCCAUCCGAUCCAUGGACGCCCUGAUGGAUCCCAACGACCAGGCACUGAUGGAUGGUCUUCAGGCACUGGGCCCGUUGCUCCUGGGAGCCAGAAAACACUUGGAUGGAAACGACGAUCAUCAGCCCAAGCGCCACAAGGCUUCACAAGACGGCGCACUGGCAGAUCCAGCGUCGGCAGCCGCAAUGACCGACAUGCUGAGACUGAUGGCCCAGCUCAUUCUGAGCCACGAGAGGGCAAUACAGUUGCAACUCCGCCAGGACUGCUUCGUUUUGUUUGCACAAGAUCGACCAGAGGGCAUCAUACCCCACCUGAAGGCGAUGGCACAGAACUGGCGCGAACAGGCGCCGAAGCAUCAGGACGAUCUGAAAUGGCCCAAUCUGAGGACCCACCUGAUGGCCGGAGUGAUCUCAGAGCUUCAUCGACGAGUCCAGCAACUGGCGUCCUCGAAACAAGGAGAACAACUGUGGGACCUGGCAGUGGAGAAGGGGACCCUCCUUCCGGACGGGAGCUGGGGCUAUCAGAAGUGGUGCCCGGACCUGAAGCAGCUGAAACGGGCAUCACGUCCAGCCCUGGCCAUGGCCCAGAUGCUGCGGAACCUCCAGACGCUGGAAGAGCUGUUUCAGUCGAACAGCCACAUCCAGAAGUUCCACAGUCUGAGGACGGAUCAACCUACGAUCCCCUGGCUCCUUCAACUGUCUCACAGAGACUCCGAUGCCUGGUACCUGCUCCAGGACCUGUGUCAGAACACAGUGUGGUCCCUGUUAGGGAUGUCGGUCAAACAGCACAACAUGGCCCUUUCGAAACCAGCCCAUUUGCUUCAACAAGCCCUGAAUGGCCUGCCAACCCAGAAAGGGAAAGCGCGGGGGAAAGGGAAGGACACUCAGAAAUCCACCCCCACCCUGCAGACCAUUCUUUGUGACAAUGAUGGUUCCCCUUUUUCCUUGGAUGCGCAAGACUGGUUUGAUUCACUUCUCCAUGGCUGGAAUGAUCAACAGGGCCAAGCUGACAGUGCAGAGUUUGGGAAUAGACUUGCCAGAUGGCUUGCUUUGGAUAUCCUAUCCAACCGCUGGGAAAGACGCGUGACUGCUUCUGAUGUUACAGAAGUGCAUGAUCAUGGAGACCGAUUCAUGCCACUGACGUUGCAAUUGGACCCAUCCCUGCUCAGCGGCAAUGAGACCUCUCUCACAGCCCUGCUUAGGCACUGGAGCCAGGAGCUUGGAAUGUGUGCGGGCCUCACUGACCCCAGAGAGCUGCUGGUCAUUCAUGUGGAUCGAAUGGUUAUGACACCGUCAGGCAGCUUGAUCAAGCAUGCGGCAGUCAUAAAUUUUGCAUGGGAAGUUCAGGUGCCGGUACUGGCCACGGAUACCACACUGACCUCCAUGUCAUAUACGAUCGUUGCUGUCUCGGCCCACUUAGGUCACACCAACGGCGGCCAUUAUCAAACGAUGUUGCGCACAUAUCCAGAGGUGUCUGAUUUGGCCGCUCCCAGUAUGUGGAUGUUUUGUGAUGACUGCAGACUUCCUGAGCGCUGCUGGGUCUUUCCUGAUAACUUCAGCCAGGGCGUUACUGGAUUUUGGCUCUGCCGCGCAGACAGCCUUGAAAUGCAUCUCAUGGCUCAGCCGAGACCUCAACCGGAUUCGGAUUUGCUCACUGUGCUCUAUGCUCACCCUGGGGUGUACCGGCCCCUGGCUCUGGGCCACUAUAUGCAGCCCCAAAAAAAAAAAGAUGACAAGCUGGAUGGAGCCCGGCUCAAUUUUGGCCUCUUGCAAGCAGUUUUUGCUGUGUGCUAUGUUGGCACUGCCAUUUACGCAUCACCCACUGGCGUUCAACUGCAGUUCUUUUUGGGAAGCAGCGACGAGACCUUGUGCAAUCUGGUCAGUGACAAUCAACUUGACAAGACGUAUACUCAAGCCGUGGUGGAACUUGCAUUCAAGGCGAAAGUGCACGGCCCACCGCCACCAAAGGGCUCCGGCCUGUUGAAAAACCUCACCAAUCUGAAACAGAUGACUCAUGUACAGAAACGCAGCUUUAAACGUGCUUAUGCACGAGCCCUAAGAGAUGGUAUUGCAUGGUACGUUGGUCAACACCUGACUCCAGAUGAUUUUCCAUGCAACAUGCCUUGCCCAUGGUCUGACGGGACAUGGCAUGCUUUGCAUUCAGGAACCCCUGAUGACCGUGCAGAUGUUAUCCUUGUGCUUUUUAGGUCCUCGACCAUUCAGGAACAUCAGAUAGGCAGUGCCGCCAUCAUUCCUGGUCGACUUGUGCACAUCAGGCUGCACUACCGCCAGAGAGCCUGCGAUAUCCUGUGCUGCUACAAUUUCAUGGACGACCGGUCCACGGCUAGAUUGCAACAGCCUCUGUUUCAUGUAUGGAAAUGCCGCAGCAAGUAUGCUGCACUCAACCGUGCACACAAGCUGAGCACCAAGCAACUCAAAAAGCAGCGCUUUUUUGACAUGCUCGAGUCAGUGCAACAUGCUGCCAACCGCCAUGACAGUUUUGAGGUUCAUCAGAUCGUCAACAAAUACACUCCAAAGCAGCCCAAAAAGAAGAUACAGUUGUGGAAUGAUGAUGGCACACCAGCAUCACCGGAAGAGGCCCUGCAGCUCACCCGGACCUUUGUUGAGGAAAUUUGGCAUGGACCUGCUCAGGAGAUGCCAUCAGACGCGUUGCAGCCCACUGUGAGGAAGUCAGAUGCCUUACAACGGUUAUUUGAGCAUUUAGACACAUUGCAUGACAUGCCGGCGCUCACAACCUUACUGGCCCAAUGGCACUCCAACACUGAUUACUGUGUGGAGCAAUCUGGCCAGUCAGUACUGGUCCCGACGGGACGUGGACUGUUGCUUGAACUUGCCAGACUUGGCAUGCUCCUAGAUGCCCUUGAAGAAAUGGGACUGACCUUAUCCCUCGAAAAAUCCUACAUUUUGCUUGAAAUUGCGGGCACGCACAGCCGCAAAAUCAAAUCAAAACUCCUGAAGCAGGAGGGCGCCAUCACCUUUGUAGAGAUACCUCGAGCUGACGGAUCAUUUAGUCGCAUUCCAGUCAAAAGAAAAGCUGACUACCUUGGAACAUGUUUGAGUUACACCGCGUUUGAACAAUUGACAUUCUCCAAAAGGGUCCAAUGUGCAAGAAUAACGUUUCAUCGACUGCGCAGAUGGUUGAGUUCACCACACAUCGCAUUGCACCAUAGACUGCAGCUUUGGAGGGCCAGUGUUUUUUCCACGCUCACGUAUGGCAUGUUGGCAGUCAACAUCACCCUGCCCAUCCUUAAGAACUUUCAGCAGAUAGUACUGGGCAUGUACAGGAAGUUGACACGCAAUCACAGUUUUCGCACUCGUGAAACGCAUCAAGCCAUCAUGCACAGAUACAACCUGGAACACCCGCUCCAUAUGCUGAUGCGCCAUGCCCAGCAGCUCAAAUGCCUCACAGGCCAGAGAACUCAGAUCCUGAGACCUGAUGACAUUGUGCUCACAGUUGAUUGGAGUAAUCUACAACAGAACUUGCAGCUCAUGACCGUGGCUCUUGAGGUGCAAGCACCGCUGCACCCCAGUGCAGACAGUUCCCUGGAGGUGCGUCCAUGUGACCAACACGUGAACCUCGAUGCCCUUCUGCGUGAAGAAGAAGAAGCGCGCAUUUUGCGCCUGCACCAGGGACUCACCGAGAACCUGAUGAGCAAGCCGUUUGGCCCAGACCUGAUCCAGCUGAUACGUGAGCGCAACUGGAAUAGCUUGGUGGAUCACAGACAGGCCUGUGAAUUCCUGGCUGCACAGUGCUGUAUUUGUGACUUUCAUUUCAGCAGACCGCAGGAACUGCACAGCCAUCUGCGCGUGCACCAUCCCAAAUGGGUGCCACAUACCUUCACCAAGGCCUCACAGUUAUGCCGUAGCUAUGCCAGGAACUCUCCAUGCAGACACUGUGGACUCAGUUUUCGACAGGCUCAUACGUGCCCCAUCAUCACCCAGGCAGCCAUGCUGUUGCUCCACAUGCCAGCUGCAUCAGGCCAUGGGGAGACACCGCCAUUGGAAGCGCUGCGCUGCGAGGUCUGUGGACUUAGAGCUUCUAGCUUGGAUGAAAUCCACAGACAUCUAGCUGACACUCAUCGCCUGGCAUUUCAUGACUGGCAGCCUGAAAGGGAUUUGAUGGGGAAGGACCCCGCUUGCUCACACUGCUCCCGAUGUUUUGCAGAUGUGUCAGCAGUACGGCAGCACGUGACCUUAGGGCAAUGUCCGAUGUUCGACCCAAACCGUUCACCAUACUUGUUGCCGAUUGCCCCCAUUUGGAAUCAACUUUUUCAAACAGGUGAUCUUCAACCUUUUUUGGAGGACUCCAUGGUCAGAAUGCGCAUGACGUUGCACUGUGCACAAUGCGAUGCCCGGUACACAAGGUCAAACGACCUGAUGCUGCACCUGCAAACGGCCCACUCGGCCAUGUGGACCAGAGCUCAAGCGCUGACGAGGUUCCUGCUGAAGGUCUGGCUGCCUGAACACUCCUGUGUGUGCAAUCCAAGUCUCAACAAGGUCACUCUGACCCAUGUGUGCCCCUUUUACCGCCAGAUUGCCAUGCUGGCAACCAGAUCGGCGAUGGAGGUAUUCCUACCAUGGCCUGCUGACAGAGGAGCACUUGAAGCCAUGUUGCAUCACAGCCAUCGCAAUGCAGCCUGUGCCACCUUGAUGGAAGCAGUUCAUAGCAGGCAAGUGCGCAUGAUCUUGAGAGACCCAGCACUGCAGGAAUUCUUACGGGAACACUGUGUUCUAUGUGGUGGAGCCUUCCAUCCAGCUCUCUUGAGAGACCAUGUCCUUCAAGUCCAUGCCUCAAAGCUGGAAGAUGUGAUUGAUCUCCUGCCGUUUUUGUAUGAAGAAUGCACACAAGCGGCCCACACAGACCAUCAGUGUGCACAGUGCAAUCAGAUUUUCAACUUGCCCUUGCUUGGUGACCCGCCGCUUUCGGAACAACAUGCCAGGCAGACGCUGGUUUUAGCCCAUUUUCAGCAGUGUCCGGUCAUCCAUCAACUGUGCCUCUUGCUGCAACAUGGACGCCCCAGAAGGAGCGACACUGACAGGCCAGGAAGCUCAGGAACUUCUGGAUGCCUUCGGAGCAAUGGCCCCCCUGCUGAAGAAGUGGUACAACAGAUGGCCAGACUCCUGCUGCGCCUGGACGUGGAUCAGAAUCUGAUGAGAAGACAAGACUCUUUCGUCUUCUACAUGCAAAUGGAGCAAGAGUCAGUGAUCCACGUGCUGAGCGCCAAGGCCAAGACAUGGCAUGCAGAGGUGACCCAACAGACGGGCCAAAUGAAGACCCAAGACUGGCGGCCGCUUCGAGCCACACUGAUGCAUACCCUUGCCCUGACCUUGCAACACCGCUUGAUGAAGCUCUACCAGAGCCAACCCUCGGAUCCACUCUUUCAGACAGCCCUGCAGCACAGGCUUUUGAACGACAAAGGGGAGUUCUUCUUUCACAGGUGGGACACGGCCAGUCAAUCUCUGACCCAGACCGACCAAACACCGGUGCCCAUGGAACGCAUGAAGCGGUAUGUGGACCAAUUGGUGGAGAACACAAUGGACCCUGCCAACACGAUCAAGUUCCACAGCCUGAAGCCCUCCGAUCAGAAAAUGACACCGUGGCUCCUGCAGAUCUCCCUGCGUUGCGACGAACUGCAGACGCUGUUGGAAGCGUUGGUGGGCUGCAAGGUUUGCCCUGCAGCUCCCUAUGAACGCCUGGCACUCAUGGACGCCCUCAGCCAGCUGACCCUCACCAACACCGGCAAUCAGUGCUUUGUGAAUGCAGCUAUGAUGGCGACGCUUUGGGCUGUUCUGAGCCGGGUUGACUUUCAGUUUAGAGAUUUGGGGCCAAAGGCCACCCUGAUUGCAAGCAGCAUCAUGUCCUUCUCAUUGGGUCCACUCAACCUUGCUGAACUGAUGUGGUUUCAAGAGACGAUGCAAUCAUGGCCAAACCCCACAAAUCAGGGUGAUCCAGUGGAAUUUCUUUCACAUGUUCUCAGGGGAAUGCAAUUUGGCGGCUUCAACAUGAAGUGGGAACGUCGAAUGCAGGAAGGCGAAACAGUCCGUAUCAUGGACCACAAUGAUACCCUGCGUCCAAUUACGGUACAGUUUGAUGAGUCUGACCCUGACGCCAUCCAUCAUGGCUAUACAGCACUGCAAACCAUGCUUCACACUUGGGAAUCCCAAUAUGGCAUGCAAACUGCCCUGACUGAUCCAACAGCCUUGGUAUGCAUCCACGUUGACCGCUUUGUCAACCAAGGCACUUCAGCUGUGACGAAAAGUGAGCGCCCUAUUCAUUUCCGUGGAAGCCUUUCCUUGCCCGUGUUUGAUCACACAGGUCUUGAGGUCAGCAGGCGUGGCUACCAGGUCAUGACGGCCAUUGCACACCUAGGUACUGAUGCUGCAGGCCACUGCAGGGCCCUUCUCAAAACGUGGCCCAAGGCUGCCCCAAAUGAGGUCAAUUUUUUGAUCACUGAGGAUGGCCAGCCACCGCAGAGGAUCUGGGAGGAACCACAUUGGUUCAAGCAGAAUGUGACCUGCUUCCUGCUGUGCGAUUGUGACAGCAUUGACCUUUUCAAGAUGCCAGUCCAGCCCGAUCAUGCGCCUGCGACGCCGUCCACCGACUCAUCCAGUCCAGCUGAUCCUGAGCUAAGCACCUUGCAGAGCCUGAUCCGUGCCAUGCCCAAGUAA